CUAACCAUUUGUAUUUAAAUUUCGUCAAAGUUAUCAAUUAAUUUAUAUCAACUGUUCGUUCUCCUGAGAACAAGCAGGCUGAAUGAUUGACUUAUCUUAAAACAAUUUGAAUUAGAAAUGGGUAAAUAUUUCGUUUUAAUUCUAAUUUUUUCUGUUGUUUCCUGUCAAGAAUGUCCUAGUAGAGAAAUUACUCCCUGUACUUGCGAUCGGGAGGGAAUUAACUGUAGAAAAAUAAAAAAUUAUUCAGAACUUGAUUCGGCUUUCGAAAAAAUUUCUCCAUUCGAAGUUCGCAAUGUCUGGAUUCAAGGAACCUCUAUAAGAAAAUUGGCAAGCGAUGUAUUUCGGAAAGUAGAAGCUCAAAACUUCUAUCUCGACAUGAAUUUCAUUCGCGAAAUUGAAUCCGGUGCCUUCAAUUACUCAAUGGAAAUAGUCGAUACUAUUAGUCUCUACUCGAACCAGAUCGAAAGCUUCCCUUUCGAAGAUAUCGGAAAGUUUUCAAGGUUAAGAAUUCUAAAUUUAGGCCAGAACCGAUUGCGUUAUCUUCCAAAAGGAUGUUUCUCCAAUAACAAAUCCCUGAAGAAAAUAAUUCUAAUCGAAAAUAAUAUAAUUAAUAUUGGCCAAGAAGCAUUUUUAAACAUGCCUUCGUUGCAGCUGUUAGAUCUUAGUGGCAAUGAAAUAAAAUCAUUAAACGAUCGCUCGAUGGCAUCCGAAGAAAACCAUCCGAGAUUAGAAAUUGAUCUUUCGUUUAACGAAAUUUCUUCCAUAUCGCCUACAGCUUUUCAAGGUUUGAAACCUCACAUCGUCAAUUUGGAUCACAAUGAACUUUCAACCUUAGAAGAAAAAGUGUUCUUACCUUUGUUUAAGGGUCUUUCGGAUGAAAGGAGCAGUUUUAUCAGUUUCAGAAAGAAUUCAUUUUCGUGCAGCGGGUGCUCAUAUUUAUGGCUUGUGAAGUUAAAAGAUAUUUUAUCUUUAAUGAUGCAAAAUUUUCGAUGCCAAGAUGGAAGAUCUUUAUCCGAUUUAAAUCGAAUUAAUAUUGAUUGUUAAAAAAAUUUCUAUUUUGUGGUAUGUGCCAAACAAUAAUGUGUAGUAAAAAUAUUAAU